AUGUUGAUCUCGUCCGAUACUGAGUCCACUCUGUCGGAAGGCGAGAUCGUAGAUGAGAUGUCUGAGGACGACGCAACAGCGGACAGCUCCUUGGCUGAUGGCCGUCCUCUUUUGGAUCAAGCUGACCCAUACUCUUAUCAUGUCGUCUUCUUGGCGUCCUCGGAGGAGUCCGACUUUGACACCGAUGACUCUGCCAGUGACGCCUCGACUUGCUACUAUGGCAGAGACAACCUGUCAUAG